CUCCCCCACUUCUGCAGUGUCUUACAUUCACUUCCUCUACUUGAGACAUCACGAACCGAGAGCGGGAGGUGACGUUUGCGGGGAAGUUUACUGGACCUGGCAGUAUACAAGCUCGGUUCGGAGCGGGUAGAUUCGGCCAGGAUUUAGUUUACAUCGACCACCACUUACCUUUUACAGUCGGUAUCAGCAGCGGCGACACGAGUGAGUGAGUGAGUGUUUUGGUUAAGGACUGGCUGGAGGGUGCUUAUACGCACUCGGGACUAUUAAUACUUGUUCCCCCCCUUCUUUCUUCCACUCUGCUGAACGACAGACAAACCCUUGAGUUUCCAUCAAUAAACCCAGUCCCAAGGUACCAGGGCACACGCAAAAUGUUAAGCCAGCUGAGCUGGGACGCCAUCUCCCUGGGCGGAAUCGCCUGGGGCGUGCUUGGACUACUCUCAGCGUUGACCCUCCUCUACACCCUCUACAACCGCUACCUCCACCCACUCCGCCACAUCCCGGGCCCUCCGCUCGCAUCACUCACGCCCUGGGUCCAGCUCUACCACGGCCUCCGCGGCGACCGGCACCUCUGGCUGCACGCGCUGCACGCGCAGUACGGCAGCCACGUGCGGGUGGCGCCCAAUUUCGUGUCCGUCAACACCGCGCAGGGGCUGCACGACAUCUACGGCCACGGGAAGCGCCUCAAGAAGGCCGACUUCUACAAUGCGUUUCCCGCCAUCAAGGGCGUGUACAACACGCACAACGUCAUCGAUAAGACGGCCCACGGCCGCAAGCGCCGCGUGCUGAGCCAGGCGUUUGCCGACCAUGCGCUGAAGAGCAUGGAGGAUGUUAUGCUCCUGCAUGUGCGGCAGCUGUGUAGUGGGUUGGUCAGGGGGCUGCAGUCGCAGCAACUGCAGCAGUAUUCGAUGGCGGAUGUGCAGGAAAAGCAGGACGGGCCCCCAGUGGUGCAGGAUUUGGGCCGGUGGUUUAGUUAUCUCACGUAUGAUGUGAUGGGGGAGUUGUGUUUUGGGAAGAGCUUUGAUAUGUUGAUCGAGAGUAGUCGGCGGAGGUUGGUGGAGUUGGUGGAUCGCGCGGCCAAUCGGCAUUAUAUUUGUGGUCUGUGGAUGCCCCUCGAUCGAUGGCACCUGGACCAGAUCUUCAUUCAUCGGUUGACCAACGACCGCUGGAACUUCAUCAUGAACUCCCGCGUCGAGGCUACGAAGCGCGCCCAGGAACGGACCCAGGCGGGCCACGACGCCAAACGCGAUUUCUUCUACUACCUGCUGAACGCCCGGGACCCGGAGUCCGGACAGGGGUUGACCACCCCGGAGCUCUGGGGCGAGGCCAACGUCCUGAUGAUCGCGGGCAGCGACACGACGUCGACCACCCUCUCGGCCACGGUGUUCUACCUGGUGCGCAAUCCGCAUGCGAUGGAGCGGCUAAAGAACGAGGUCCGCGGGGCGUUUACCUCCGUCGAGGACAUUGUCUCGGGCAGCCAGCUCAACGAGCUGGUGUACUUGAAAGCUUGUCUGGACGAGGCGCUGCGGCUGGCUCCCGCCGUGCCCGGGGCGCCCCCCCGCGAGGUGAUGGAGGGCGGCGCCAUGGUGGACGGGGUGUUCCUGCCUGAGGGGACGGAUUGCGGGACGCCGACCUUCUCCAUCCACCGCCAGGCUGCGUACUACCGUCAACCGGGUGCGUACCUGCCGGAGCGCUGGAUCGAGGGCGCGACGUGUCAGACGGAGUUCGAGUGCUGGGAGACGAGUAAAGAAGACGUCGAGGUCGCGCGACGUGCGUUCUGCCCGUUCAGCAUCGGCCCGCGCGGCUGCAUCGGCAAGAGCAUGGCGUUCAUGGAGAUGCGACUGACGAUUGCACGGCUGAUCUUCCUCUUCGAUCUGCAGCUGGCCGACCACCGCGGGGAGGACGCCGAGGGCCACUUGGCGCUGGUGGAUCACUUCACCAGCGCCAAAGAAGGGCCCAAUGUGACUGUACGAGUGCAUCAGUACCACCGCGGUGUGUGGUUGUAUACAUCGAUUACCGAAACGGGUAAUCUGUAUACUUCGUCCUUUUUCUCGAAACCCUUCCACCUCAACCCCACCGCCUUUCUCCAAUUCCUCAUCUACGGCCUCCUGAGCGUCCUCCCCAACUUCCUGUGGCAACGGCUCCUCGAAUCCCGGUUUCCGGGGUUCCCCUCCUGGCGGCGUUGGGGGUGGUCGUCGCCGCUCACAACCACAAACCCCAGCACAGCCGCUUCUCCGGUGUCAGCAGCAGCACCAACGAAAGGGGAGGUAUGCAUUAGCAUUUCCAUUCCCCACGAGGAUGUCAAGGACCGGGAAAGGAAGAAGGAUGCGGGGAGAUUCUACCCCCGCGCCAACAGCAACAACGGGGUCCGGAACUUCCUCGCCAAGUUCCUGCUGGAUCAGACGGUGGGGUCGGUGAUGAAUAUCGUGUUGUUUGUGGUGUUGAUUAAUCUGCUGAAGGGGGUGGGCUUGCCGGAGUGUUGGGGAUUGGUGCGUGAGGACUUCCGCCCGAUCAUGAUGGCGCGGCUCAAGUACCGGCCGCUGGUCUCGGUGCUCAUGUACACGGUCAUUCCGGUCGAUCGGCGCGUGGUGUUUGGAAGUGCCUGUGGGGUGAUCUGGGGAGUGUAUUUGAGUUUGUAUGCGGUGGUUUAGUUCACCCCCAGCCCAUUGUCUUGUUGGAUAGUGCUCUUCUGUUGUUGUUACUAUGUGAUGUGCUUGAAACCAUUCUGCGGGGAUAGAUGCUUUGACUCAUCACAACCAUCGACUAACUAAUAAUGCUUCGCGUUCAUCUUAUCAUAUUAGCAUAUUAUAAUACAUCACCCCGUCAC